CUUACGAGAGUUUUUACACAACAGAAGAAGAAUCCCAUUGUCAGAAGCGUAACGUCCAAACAAAUAAACUGCGUGUUGUGUUAUUAUUUUAUUAGCAAGAAUCGGAACCCUAGUAUUGUGCGCGGUAUUUCCUCACAUUAAAUAAGUACAUAUUUGGAGAAAGGUAACUUUGAGCGUUUCCCAGAGACCUGACUGAACAGCAAUGAGUGACCCUGAGCCAACUUCAUUUGCAUCUGUUGAGGAAGAAAGGGACUUCUGGAAAGAACAAGUUGCCAAAUACCAGCAAAGAGCUGAGGAGGCACAGGAGGAGCUGCAGGAGUUUCAGCAGAUGAGUCGAGACUAUGAGUUGGAACUGGAGACAGAACUGAAGCAGUGUGAGGCCCGUAACCGAGAACUGCUUACAGCUAACAACAGGCUUCGAAUGGAAUUAGAAAACUACAAGGAGAAGUAUGAAACACAGCACUCUGAGGCGGUCAGGCAAAUCUCAACUUUAGAAGGUGAUCUAGCAGAGACCACAGCCAUCAAGGACCAACUACACAAGUACAUUCGGGAGUUGGAGCAGGCCAACGAUGACCUGGAAAGAGCAAAGAGGGCCACUAUUAUGUCACUUGAGGACUUUGAGCAGAGAAUGAAUCACGUUAUAGAGAGAAAUGCCUUCCUCGAGAGUGAGCUUGAUGAAAAGGAGAAUCUUCUAGAGUCAGUACAGAGAUUAAAGGACGAAGCCAGAGAUUUAAGACAGGAGUUGGCUGUUCAGCAGAUACAGGAGCGUAAACCAUCAAUCAGCCUCUCGAAAGACACAGAAAAGCCAGAAGCCACACCUUCAAGACCCUCUUCUGUUGUUAAUACCACCCUCCCAUCUCUACUUGCCACACCCUCUAGGCCUCCAGGCUCGGGGAGUGCAUUCAACACGCCCCCGGCAUCAUACAGCAGAAUUGAAGGUCUUACUGGAACUCCUCUUACCACAUCUGCACGGAUAUCUGCCCUCAACAUCGUUGGAGAGUUAUUGAGGAAAGUUGGGAACCUUGAAUCAAAGCUAGCAUCAUGCAGAGAGUUACAUAUCUACGAGAAAACACCCGGUCGUGCAGCGAUUGGCCAAAGUACACAAAGUAUUUCACGAGAAAACCCAGAAAACCCAUCCAAUGCAAAUGGCCUCUAUGAUAAGGGGAUGGUAAAACGGUUGGACUUUGGAACAGGACCCAAGAUAAUUCUGUGAAUAAAGCAUUGUCUGCUUCCAUAAAACAAGUGCAUCUUUCUUUCCCACAACAUUGGUAAAUGCAAUAUUUCCAGCCCGCUAAUAUGAGAGUGGUUCAUUUUCAGGAGCUUAUAGGAGCAUAUCCUUCUGCUAUCCUUCUAAUUCUUCCACUCAUCAUUUGUUUUCUGUGAAGGGUUUUGCUUUUGCAGUCACAUCAACCCUAUUAAUAGAGUCUUUUAUGUCACUACUGUUCACCAGCCCUCUCUGUCCUCUGGAAUGACUGUACUACCUGUUUUUUUACUGUUUAGUUGGAUAUUUUUGUGUAUUGCAGGUGAACGUACCUUUUUAAUUUCACACUGUUUGAUUUUUGUUUGUUUGUGUCGUUUUUUUGGAAUCUGGUGACAUAGCAUUUUUAAAUUUAUAAUCUGCACUGUAUUCUUAUGAUUUGCUCUUUUUGGGACCAUAAAAUGGGCGAUAGUUGCAGGUGACUGAAAAAUCAGAAUUUAGCCUUGCAACCUCCUUAUAUUUGGCACUGAACUACUGAACAGUAAUCUGUUAAACGUCUACUGCACAUACUCGUUGUUCACAGGACUGUAGCGAUGUUGAUGGCAGGUUAAAUUUUUUUUAAUGCAGAAAUGCCUGAUUUGAUUUUUUUUUAUGAGAUCUGUAGGAUUUGUUACUAACUGAUGGAAUUUUUUCUUUAGUGUUCAGAGUUAGAGAUAAUGUUACAAGGCGGUGGGUGAUCUGUUGUGAACUGAAGCUGCCGAUAAUAUCUCAUGUUAUUGUUGCCCUCUUAUGCAAGUAAACAACAGUAGCAGAAAUGUGUAUGCAUGAUAACAAAACCCACUCCAGGGCCUUUUUAAUUUCUAGUAAUAGCUAAUGCAAGAUAGAAAACCUCAUGUGCAUCAUCAGUGCCAUCUUUGAUUUCAAAGAUUUUAUCUACAGUACUGAAGAGUAGUUACUGUCAUACCAUGCGCUGAACAUUUAAUGUGCCUUAAUUUUGUGGCCAUUACAAGCUUUGCCUCAAAGUUAACAUGGGAAUUGGGGAACUUACUAGCCCGAAGGGAGUUGCAGCUUCUUUUGCUAUUCUUCUUCCCAGUGUACCAAUUCUCUGAUUUGUCAGGGAGUCCUGGAUGAGAGGAAAAUAUUUAAUUCUAAGUGGAGUUUAAUCCCUUAGUUUUCAAAUUUCUCUCAUGCGAGAGUUGUCGAUUUAGUCAAAUAACAAACAAUAUGAAUACUUCAGUGAAGGGUACAAAUAUUUUUAUGUUAAAAAUAAAAAUGUAGAAGAAUUGAUACAUUAUAUACUUUCCACUUUUUCCUAGCAGUACAAAUGAAAAGUGAUGAUAGAAAUAGACAAUGAUGGUUGAUAGGAAGAUUUAGCACACUAUAUUGCACCAGAGUUAUCUCAGGGCCUCAAGUAAGCAAUAACCUCACUAAAGAUGUUGUUACAGCCCAAAUUCUGUUAAGUAUUUGUUUCUAUAGGCAAAAGGCAUUCAAAGUUGCCAAUUAUAUAAUUGUCAACUUGUAUUUUCUUUGCUAUUAAUGAAUCUGAUCAUUUGCUAUGUCUGUGCAUGCCUUUGCAAAGGCAAUGCUUAGUUUCUCCUGCCUGUGUAAAACCAUUUUAUUGUUG